AUGCCCGAGUCCUUGCUCGUGGGGGUGCAGUUCAAGGUGGAGGGUCUGGACUUCAUCCAGCUUGUUGCAGACAGUGCCUUCCUUGAGCAGUUCAAGCAAGUCGUCAAAGGCGCUCUGAUUGCAGCUACUGCGCGGGCGGACCGACGAGCGGAGGACUUGGUUCUUCAGCUCUCUCCUGGUUCGGUGGUGGUUCAAGCACGAAUGGCUGCAGUCGCCAGGGCAGGGGAAAGCGUCGCGGCCGCAAUGACCAUCCUUGCAGAUGGAAUGCGGCACGAGGCAAGCGCACUCCAGCGAGACUUGAUUGUCCGGCUCGCCGGCAUACAAGGUCUUUCGUCAGUGGCCUACAGCGCCAUCUCAGUGGGACCAAUCAGCGUCAGUCUUCUUGCCGUGGAGGCAACGCCACAGCCUGCUCCCACGGUGCAGGACUUCAUCCCCAUUUGGGCCAUUAUCGCCCUGAGCAUCCUGACCUGCUUCACGAUGAUCGUUGGCUUGAUCGCUGUCUACAUGCAAAGGAGAUGGGCGGAGGAACGGCGCCGCCGCUCGCUCGGCGGUUCCGAAGGCUCUGACCCCGUGUACAUGACCCGUCGCGUUCGAAGCCGUGUUCCAGGCUCCACCAGCCCGCAGACCGCAUCAGAGAGCCCGGAGGUUCCGAAGAAGAGGAGUACUUCCAGGCUCUUGAUGAGCAAGAGGGCAGCUGGGGCUAUGCGGAGGGUUCGGUUUUCCGAUGCGGAGAUGCCAGAGGUGCAGGAGUAUGACCCACGAGAGCUUCAGUUGGCUGCCGCAGAGAGCAGCCAACGCAACCAGAAACUCGAGGCCAAAGUUGCCGAGCUGGAAGCAGCUUUGAAGAACGUGCAGGGCACGCUUUGCGUCGCAGAGGACCGCUUGGCAGAGGUUUCCAAGGAGCGCGAUCAGCUUUCGCUCUCGGUAAACGGUGCGCAGAGCUCCACGCUGCUGCAGCAAAGCCACCUCGCAAGGAGCUCUUCGGGGACGCGAAGAUCGCUAGGAAUCCUCGGCGAUUGCGAGGAGAGCAUGGGCGAGACGGACGCGGAAAGAGGGGAAGUUGUGCAUAAGCUGGAAGACCUGGAAGCUGGAAGUUUGGAUGGCUUCGUCCGACAUCAAGAGGUACUGGACGCAGAGUCUGUGAGAUCGGAUGCUCGCUCCGAGUUUAGUCUCUGGGCUACAGAGACUGAGAGCCAUCCAGGCGGCACUUCAGAGUGGGUCGCUUUGGACCAGCCAGAUGACGACCUGCAGAUCACACGCAGUUGCAUUUUCCAUGCAAUCCGAAUGCGAGAGAGGUCGGGAUCUUUAAAGUCUUUGGCCCAGGCUGGCUGGCCAACAGUAUUGGCAGAUGCCCUGCAUUUCACUUGGCUCACUUCGCGUGAGUACCACCAGGUGCCCGGAACAGCCAGUUCUGUUUUCCGCAGCUACGAAGAGCGGUUGGACGACACCCGGCUGGUGCAAACCCCUGAUGAGGACGAGGAGCUGAUCAUCAAGGUGCCGUUUGUCUCUCCUGCCAAGGAAUCUCAGCAGCCAUCUGUACAGCUCAAGUCGCACUCGCCGCUCCUAGCGGCAACGAUUUUCGGUCUCACUCAUGCCACCCAGACGAUGGGUGCGAUCUUCGCCCAAGAGCGAGACAGGUCCGGACAUGCUGCAGCCGAGGUCUGGCACAAAUGGUCGGACCUUCGCCUUCUCGACCACGAGCCACUUUGGCAUGCGCAUGCCAAGCCUGGCCCCGCCAUGACCCCGGAGACGGACACGCUCAGCUUUAGAGACGUUGUUCAGGUCCUCCACGUCCACCUUGUGGAGCUGCCGCUGCUGAGCGGACAGAGCCGGGUGGGGAAGGUGCCUCGCUGCUCUGCACGGCGAGCGGAGUUCUGGCGUCAAAGCGUGGAGGAUCUGGCUGUCCGACUAGAGGAGCGAGGACAACGACUGGUUGUCGAAGCUGUCGAGGAUCCGAGCACCUUCUUCGCCGCGCUGUGCGAACAGAUGCCGGUUUCUGGCGUGUACGCCCACCGGGAGUUCUGCGAAGAGGAGCUCGAGACGGAGGCAGCAGUGCGGCGAGCUCUCUCAGCUUGCGGUGCCGAGCUGCACACAUUCUGGGGCGCUCUAACGGUGCACCACAUCGACGACCUGGGCUUUGAUGCCAGCAGCAGGAGUGAGAUGCCCAUGUACAAGGGCGAGUUCCAGCGGGCAGCCAAGCGGCGACCCAUCCGGGAGGUGCUGCCAAUUCCAACGCUGCGCAAGCCACCGGAGAACUAUCGCGCGAGGAGCGACAUCGAACAGGCCUUCGCUUCCGGUCUUCCGCAGCUGCCUCCGGAGGAGCGUCAGGUCUUUCGCUGGCAAGGCGGUGAGACAGCUGGCUUGGAGCAUUUGAGAAACUACAUCGAUUCGGGACAACUUGCGAGUUACCGGGGAGCGACGGAGUCCUUCGCCCACGGCGAGGAGAAUCCAGUGAACUCUGGGACUCGACUGAGUCCAUGGCUGGCCUUUGGCUGCCUCUCUGCACGCAUGGUCAUCAAAGAGGCACGGGAGUACGAGCGAAGGCACGGCAAGACCAGCUCGGGCAAGGGCAUUGGAAAGAUCGGUUCCACCGGGACCCGGCUACACACGGAGCUCCUUUUUCGGGACUUCCUGCGCUUCUCUGCUUUGGCCUGGGGCACCUCGCUCUUCAAAAUUGGAGGGCCGUUUCACGUCCAGGGCCUCGAGUGGAGCCGAGACAUGGAGCUGUUCCGAAAGUGGCGCGAAGGGCAAACAGGUUUUCCCUUCGUGGACGCCGGCAUGCGCGAGCUUGCCGCCACUGGGUACAUCUCACAUCUCCAUCGGCAGUGCUGUGCUGCCUUCUUGGUGCGAGACCUGCGCCUGGAUUGGAGGAUGGGCGCAGAGCAUUUCGAGUCUUGUCUGCUGGAUCACACCCCGGAUGCCAACUGGGGCAACUGGGCCUACCGAAUCCUGCAGCGACCCUGCUUGGUUGAAACCCGUGCCAAGUAUCCGGUCGAGGAGCACAUUACAACAGUCGAGGUGGUUGCAUGGCCGGCAGUCCACGAUGCUCGAUUAGACCACACAUUGCGCUGGUGCCCCGAGCUCUGCAAGCUCCCCAAGGAUUUGGCCCGCGAGCCGUGGCUGACCGACACCGUGCCAGAAAAGCGGAUUUCCAUCAGGCCUUACAAGGACUCACCUCUUUGGUUCUGUGCGGCCAACCGAACCAACUGGGACUACGAGUACUUCUGGCUUCCUGGGCAUGCCUGGACAGUGAAGCCAGGCAAAAGCGAAGCGAAGCUGAGUGACUUCCACCUUGGCCGCGACUACCCGAGGCCCAUCGUUCCUCCAUUAAACGUGGAGCUGGACCUGGAUGCAGCCGGGUGGCAGAUGGGAGAUCGAAACGGCCAGACGGGUCAACAACAAGUGAGGGCAAAGGCAAACGUCACGGCAAAAGCGGUGGUAAAGGGAGCGGCAAGAGGUCAGGAAAGGGCCAAGGCAGUCAAGCACCCGUCGAGGGAUGGCCUCCAUCCGAGCCGUCUGCCCAGAGCAUGUCUUCUCGUUCGGUUCGAUCCUGACCGAAUGCAGAUCACGCUUCGUUUCCUUCAGAUCACCAGCAUCACAGUGAUCGGCGGAGAUGGCGGAUCGGCACCCAGCAGCGUCAAGCUGUACAUCAACCGCGAAGACUUGGACUUCACAUCAGUUGGUGAUAUUGAGCCAACGCAGGAGGUGCAGCUUGUGGAGGACUUUCACGGGGCUAUUCAGUUCCCCCUGCGCGCUGCAAAGUUUCUGUCUGUCACAAACGUCAGCCUCUACUUUCCGCACAGUUUCGGAGGCGAGCGUACGCGGAUCCACUGGAUUGGCCUUUGGGGCGUCGGAUCCGAGCACAAGCGGCAGGCUGUGAUGACGGUCUACGAGGCCAUUGGCAACGCCAAGGACAACGACGUGAAGGACGAUGCUGGAGACCCAGGAACUCGUCUUUGCUUUGGAGUGCCAUCAAGGGUUAGCCGGGUCUUGGAUGAGACGACAGCUGUGGAGCUAUGUAUCCAAUCACAGCCUCUGGCAGACUCUGGCUGUGAGGAGAGACGAUGUCUUGGUUUCCCUGGUGCAUAUAGUUCGCUCCCCCGAUAA